AUGAGCCAGCGCUCGGAGUGUACGGUUGCCCUGCCGGUCGGUCAGAUGCCACUGAUAAGUAAGGAGCGAAGAAAAAGUAUGCAGGUCGAAUCAAAACUUGAAGAAAAUAAGCCAGACAUCCAAGAUGUUAUCAACCUACUCAAGGAACUAAGACAAGAAAAUAAAGACCAAAUAAAGAACCUGGAAACCGAACUUGAAAAUAAAAAACUACACCUACGCAUAAAGGAACUUGAGCGGCGUGAAGAUGAGUCAAACCAGUAUUCUCGUAUAAAUUGUAUCGAGAUAAAUGGAAUACCCGAGAUUGAGAAAGAAGAUGUUUUAGAAGUGGUAAAAAGUGUUGGAAGAAGCUUAGACGUAGCAUUAACGGAAGAGUCAGUGGAUGCGUGUCACAGACUUGGACCUAAGCACAGAAGUGGAAUCCAGCCCCGAGGUAUAAUAGUUAAGUUUACCAGAAGAAUCAAAAAGGAAGAGUUCCUAAAGCAGAGAAGAGUUAAGCGCGAUCUCAAUACACAUGACGUUGGCUAUGUUGAUCAUCCUGCCGAAAUUGUCUACAUUAAUGAAAGUUUGACCAAAGCAAGACGUGAAGUUUACAAGGAAGUCCGAACUCUAAAGAAAACUUAUAAAUACAGCUACGUAUGGGUGAGAGGUGGAACGAUCCUCGUACGACCAACGGAAGGUGCUAGAAUAAUUGCAGUCACUACAAUGGAGGACUUGGAGAAGCUACCAAGACAUGCCCCUGAACCUGCACCUGCGCCAGCGUCGCCGAAUUCAUCUGAUUCUCAGGAUGCGGCCUCCUCCGAACAGUAA